GUUGUCCAACAGGAAAAAGAGACGAAAGAGAAUUUGGAAAGUAUGCUUCAAAAACACAAACUUUUAUUAGCCAGCCCUUCACACCAUUAAAACACUCCCACAUACCAUGGAUCUCUAACAGAACAAGAACAAAAGAGAAGAAAAACACAAGUCAAAACAUAUACAGGAAUAGAAGGAAUCUGAUCUGUUUUCUAUUUUUUAUGUUUGGUUUUGUUUGAUUUGGGUCUGGUUCAGAGAGCAGAAAAAUGAACUGUUUUACAUGCUAUGGAUCUGUGAAAGAAGAUAAGAUUGUGAGGCGGCCUGAAACCAGUAGUAUUAAGAAGACCAGUGAUGAUCAUCAUCAAUCGCCUCGUGUCUCUGUCAAUCAUAAUGGAAGGGAUUCUUCAGAUAGAUUCAAGCCAAAGCCCUUUCAGGAGAGAAAACAAGACGAGCCUCUAAAGAUUGCAGAUCAACCUAUUGCAGCUCAGACAUUCCUUUUUCGAGAAUUGGCUGCAGCGACAAAGAAUUUCAAAGCAGAUUGCCUUCUGGGUGAAGGAGGCUUUGGAAGAGUAUACAAAGGGAAGCUUGAGAGUACUGGGCAGAUUGUGGCCGUCAAGCAACUAGACAGGAAUGGAUUACAAGGAAACAGGGAGUUUCUUGUUGAGGUUUUGAUGCUGAGUCUUCUUCAUCAUCCAAAUCUUGUUAGCCUUAUUGGAUAUUGUGCUGAUGGAGAUCAGAGACUUUUGGUGUAUGAGUAUAUGCCAUUAGGAUCACUGGAAGACCAUCUUCAUGAUCUCCCGCCUGAUAAGGAGGCAUUAGAUUGGAGCACAAGAAUGAAAAUAGCCACAGGUGCGGCAAGAGGGCUGGAAUAUCUACAUGAUAAAGCCAACCCUCCUGUCAUAUAUCGUGAUUUUAAAUCCUCUAAUAUUUUGCUGGAUGACGAUUUUCAUCCCAAAUUAUCUGAUUUUGGACUGGCUAAACUUGGUCCUAUUGGAGAUAAGACACAUGUCUCCACAAGAGUAAUGGGAACUUAUGGAUACUGUGCACCAGAGUAUGCCAUGACAGGUCAACUGACUGUAAAAUCAGAUGUGUACAGUUUUGGGGUCGUUUUGUUGGAGUUAAUUACAGGAAGAAGAGCUAUUGACAAUACUAGGCCAGCAGGGGAGCACAAUCUUGUUGCUUGGGCAAGACCCUUGUUCAAGGACCGCAGAAAAUUCCCACAGAUGGCUGAUCCAAGGCUUCAUGGACGGUAUCCUAUGAGGGGAUUGUAUCAAGCUCUUGCUGUUGCAGCAAUGUGUCUUCAUGAGGAGGCAACCACACGUCCCCUGAUUGGAGAUGUAGUUACUGCUCUUGGUUACCUUGCAUCUCAGACAUAUGAUCCUAAUGUUCAUCCUGUUCAAAAUGCUCGCAGUACUCCAUCCACUGCACCUUCCACUCCUCCUCAUGAGAAAAGAGCCAAUGGGAGAAAGCAUACCGAUGGGUCUGAUUCAGAGAAGGACAGAGGGAGUAGACAUAGAAGUAACAGGCACAGGUUGGCUCAUGAGGAAGGUUCCCCUGAUCAUCGCCCUGCUCGUCUUAGAGCAUUGAAUAACAUGGGUGAAUCUGGAGGUUCUCAAGAGGGGAGUGGUAAGGAUUCAGGAGAUUCUGAUAGGUCUGAUGGGAUUAGGGAUAGUCCUAAAACUACUGGGAGAGCUGCUAGAGAUGUGCAUAGAAUUUUAGCUGUCACUAAAGAUCGCGAACGAGCGGUUGCUGAAGCCAAAUCAUGGGGUGCAAACUGGAGGGAGAAAAACAAGGCUAAUGCCAAUGGUAACAUGGAUGGUUUUCAUUGAGUCUGCUAGAGUAGCCUAUGAAUCUUAAUUAUCCAGAUUUUCCUAAUCCUACAACUAGUUUGGUAUAAGAGAUUUCAACUUUUGAUCCUGAUUAGAAAUAGUUUAUUCCACGUGUAAAUCUCCAUCAGUCACAGAAGCGGGAAUGUUAUACAACUUGCAAGAUUCAAGCUUUUUCUUGAAAGUUGAACAUGAAUAGAGCAAGAGAAACAAGGAAGGUUUUAAGAUUCUUCCAGUCCUUUUGUACAGGAGGGGAUGAUUAUGGUCAAGCAUUUAUACCACUCACAGAGAUUUGUAAACUAAUGUGUAGUGGCAUAAUUUUUCCCAUCCUCAAAAUGACUGUUGGAGGCAACAAAAUUGUUGCAUUUGAUUUCUUUCCAUCAUAGGAGUUAAAAAAAGUGAUCAAGCUUUUUGCCCCUGCCUAUAGGUCUUAGUUUCUACAAGGCAGGUAACUCUUUGUAUGUACAUAUGAGCUUUUCUCAAGGGUUAUAAGCAGUUUUGCCCUUUUGGGUUUUUUCAGCCCUUGAGAUAUUUACAUUCAACAUAUACUGAGGUUGUUACAACCA